AUGUUGUCGACUGCUUUCCGUACCGCUGCCAGAAGAGCCCUCCCCGUGGCCAGAGCCACCACCCGCAUCACCGCGUCGCAAUUGGCCGUCCGCCGUACGUUGGUGGCGUCGCCCGUCCGCUUCAACCUGGCGGCCAACUUGAAGGAAGUGCUCAAGUCCGAGCUCAAGAUCUGCAGCGCCAUCCCCAACGAGUUGGAGCCCAACUACCAGCAGUUCCUCGAACAAAACGGCUACAAGUUGAUUGCCAACGAAGGUACUUCUAACGUCCAGCUCGUCAAGGAAAAAGGUGAUGAAGUCAUCAGAGUGUUCUUCGACAUCGACGAAGUCACCGAUAUCCCCAUCGGCCAACUUGCCGAGACCGAGGGGGCUUACGAAGACGACCUUGAGGCCGAGGCCGACUCGUUGGACUCGUUGUUGUGCAACAUCAAGGUGUUGGUGGAAAAGCCCGCGCAAAACGACGGUUUGUUUGUCAACUUGUUCAUGCAAAACACCGACGAGCUGUUCUCGGUCGACUUCAUCAACUACCAAGCCGACGUCAAGCAAUUCUUGAACGAAAUCGCCUCGAGCAACGAGUUCAUCGACAAGUUCAAGUACCAAGGCCCCCGCUUCUCGGACUUGGACGAGUCGUUGCAAACUGAAUUCGAAAACUACCUUGCCGCCCGUGGCGUCAACGACGAGUUGGCUGACUUCAUCGUCGCCUUCUCCGAAUACAAGGAAGAAAACGAAUACCGCACCUGGUUGCUGAACUUGGCCAAGUUUGUUUAA